UAUUCCAUUGUGUUCACCCCAAAAAAAAAAAAAAGCCAUAUUCCAUUGUGGGCUCAGACGGAGAGUCGCACACAACGGCGCGCGCGCCACUUUCCAAACACACCUUAUAAAACCGAGCAAGGGUUUUAGGGUUUAAGACACAAGUACUUAAACAAAACAACCUAUCUCCAAACAACAACCACCCCCCCAAAGAAGAGUACUUGUGCAGCUGCAGUCUAGAGAAAAAUAAAAAAUGGGGGCAGAACCGAAGAGGCAGAAAAUUGGAGAGGAAGAAACUGGCAUUGAUGGCAAGCUGGUUGUGUCCGUUGAAAAACUGCAAGAGAUACAAGACGAACUCGAGAAGCUUAAUGAGAAAGCAAGUGAUGAAGUGUUGGAAAUUGAACAAAAGUUCAGUCAAGUCCGCCAGCCAGUCUAUGAUAGGCGUAAUGAUAUUAUUAAAGCUAUUCCUGAAUUCUGGUUGACGGCUUUCUUGAGUCAUCCUGUUCUUGGGGAACUUCUAACUGAAGAGGACCAUAAGAUAUUCAAGUUUCUAAGUUCAGUCGAAGUGGAAGACAAUAAGGAUGUGAAAACGGGUUAUACAAUCACGUUUAACUUCAAUUCGAAUCCUUAUUUUGAAAAUACAAAACUCUCGAAGACCUAUACCUUCCUUGAAGAUGGACCUACAAAAAUCACUGCUUCAACAAUACGAUGGACGGAAGGCAAGGGCAUUCCGAAUGGAGUUGCUCAUGAGAAGAAAGGAAACAAGCGACCCCUUGUCGAGGAAAGCUUCUUUAACUGGUUCAGUGAAGUCAAUCAGAAGGAAGAUGGUGAAGAUGACGAGAAUGUCUUUCUUGAAAUUCAAGAUGAAGUUGCCGAGAUAAUCAAGGACGACUUGUGGCCGAACCCUCUAACUUAUUUUAACAAUGAUCCUGAUGAAGAAGAUCUUGAGGAGGAUGAAGAUGGUGAUGAGGAGGACGGUGAAGGUUCAGACGAUGAUGAGGACCAAGAUGACGAAGAGGAGGAUGGGGAUGAAUGAACGCUUAUAUUAUACCUCUUUUUGAGUUAUCAUCAUCUUCAAAGUUUUGUUGAAUAGGUUUUUGGUGUGUCUGUAAAGAGGCUCUAAAAUAUUCUGAAAAGCACAGAAUUUAUUUCUUAGGUGUGAGGUAAUGCAAUUGCUAGCAUAACUCUACGUGUUUUUGGAACCUUGUUUAUUAAGUUCAAUUAAGCAGCCCCUUUUCAUUGAGUAA